AUGGAUGCUGUGACAAGUGGACGUAGAGCUCCCGAGCUGCUCGAGAUGAUUCUCGAAAAUGUCCCACCGUCGGACCUCCUCGUGAACUGUCAGCGUGUCUGCAAGAACUGGCGGCACAUGAUCCAAGCGUCCCUGCCCCUCAGACAGGCCCUCUUCAUGGAACCUUCUGCGAACGUGUCCGAGAUAGUAUGGUUGAACCCUCUUCUGGCGAGGUCUUUUCCGUUCCUCUUUCCUGGCUCGCCGGCUCGCCAUCGACGCCUGAAUUCAUCCUGUUUUGGACCUCCCUCUCUGGAGAGUCAACGUUGGAGUACUGAAACGCAGUUUCACAGGGCCUUUUUUCGCCCGGAAUCCUCCUGGAGGAAGAUGAUGCUGGCCAAUUAUCCGACCCGGUUUGGUGUGCUUGAGACCACGGGGGGUCUCGAGAUCGAAAUGGCGUUUCCCUGGAGAAUCAAGCCGACGUCCACGGUUCAGGAUGGACCAAAAGGGCUGCUUAUGGGUAGGCUGUGGGAUAUCAUGACGUUGGCAUUCGCGAGAAACUUCCUUUACAUGACGGUCACCUGGUAUCCCAGACGGGACGAUGCGGGCCAUCCUUAUCUCCUGCUCGAGGGUACGGUGCAUAAUAUAGACAAUGCCGAGGAUAUCAGAUAUGAGUUCAGGUCUCUCAAUCCGCCGGUCCGUCUUGAUGUUACAGCUGAAGAGUUCAUGGAGCUGUUCGAAGAGUAA